CCUUUUUUAGUCCUCAUUCUUAAUUUUAAUUCUUCCCCAAAUUUCUAUAUAUUUCUUCCAUUUCUCUCUCCCACUUCCAUCACUUGUCGUUCAUCUUUCCUCUAAAGCAAUCAGAAAAAGGUUGCAGAGAAUCAGCGAUUCGUUCGCGAUGUUGAACAACGAGUACAAUUCAUCUCCAUUUUCCUUCACUCACAAGCUCAAAUCCUCCAUCCUCUGCUUCCGCGCCGACCAUGGCGAUUUGGGAGAUCACGAAGACGAAGCCUCUCUAAGGAGCCCUAGAUCGCCGCUCAAAUCCACGGCCAGCGAGCAUACUGAGCUCCGGGGAAUGUGCCGGAAUCUGGUGGCGAGGAUCGGCCGGAGCCGGCGGCGGUACCAUCACUCCGCGGAUUUCAGAUACGAUCCUUCUAGCUAUGCUCUUAAUUUCGAGGACGAACACGCUCGCUACGAUGACGACUUUCCGAUUAGGGAUUUCGCUUCGAGAUUGCCGGCGUCGCCGCAUUCUUCCCCGAUAUUUCAACCGGCGAAAUGAGGAGUGGCAAUUUGGCACUGCCGCCGCCUGCAAAUCUCAUACGAUUUUGAAGAGAUGGGAUUGGAAUCGUUGAUUGUAACUGUGAACUGUAACCUAUAAUUUGACAUGGUGUUCAACGAGCUACAUGUAUAAAUAUAUAAAGUUCGUAAAAUUUAUUCUUUCUAUAUAAAUAAAUUAAUAAACAAGUUCGCUGAUUAUCAUCUC